GGUUGCUAAGGCGACGCGAAGCAGCUGGCCCAGCUUUUCAGAGUUUCAUAGAAGUUCUCAGUGCCACCUUCUGUGAUGUCAUCCCCCAAAGGAAGUCGAGCCCAGAAGAUGAGGCUGCCCGUUUUUACACAAAAGGGGCCUCUGGAGGUGCCAUCCCCAACAGAGAAGGACUGGUCUAAAGAUGAUGAAGAGGAUUAUGUAUUCAAGGACCCAGAUGAGGAGCUAGAUUCCCUGCCUCAGCCUUAUCGAAUGAUCAACAAGCUGGUGAACCUUCUGUUUGACCGGUCGUGGGAAGUUAUUGAGGAGAGGGACACAUUGAGGAAAUCUGAGCUCAGCUGGAUCCAGCCCACCAUCUACCCUCCACUUGUAGAAAGCAAGCUCAACAACAUGCCGAAUUGUAUGGCUGUUUCCCAAGACUAUGUGUUUAUUGGAGGAGCCAAAGGAUUCUCCAUCUAUAAUCUCUACAAUGCUAAACAAGUAUAUGUUUGGGAGAAACUUAAGGUUGAUGUCACUUCCAUCUGGGCCACAGAUUUGGGGAGUGAAAUACUUAUUGCUCCUGUGGAUGAAAUGGGUAUCAUUAGACUGUUUUAUCUUUAUAAGGAUGGUCUUUUCCUAAUCAAAGCCAUUAAUGAAGUGGAUGACACCAGCAAGCAAACCACCUGUAUAAAGAUGGAGAUUUCUCAAGGAGGGGACUUUGCAGCCUUCCUCCUACAAGGAGCGGGAGACAUUUGGCUGGAUGUGUAUAAAUUGCCCAAGGAGUCUUGGCUCAAGGAAGUGGAGCACCCCCAACUCACUAUAAAUCCAAAGAAAAAAGUCAGACAGCUGCAACUGAACACUCUUGAUCCCGUGACUUCAGAUAAUUCAGAAAUGGAUAUAAACAUUUGUUUUAGAGGAGAUGUUAAGUUGAGUCUUCCAGUUCACAUAAUGAAGAUCAAACCACCCAAACCAGUUACAGGUACCACAUUUAAAAGCCCCCUGGAAGUCUUUGCAAAGCUAGAGGACUGCUGGGGGCUGGGCUCCGGGCAGAGCCACUUCAUCAGGGAGAGGCAGUGGGAGCAGCAGGCAGCCAUCUUCACGGCCUCCUACAAGAAGUACCUGGAUGGGGAAUGGAACGAGGAGCCGCUCAGUAUGGCCACCUUCCAUUUCCUCCUUCCUAGCUGCAUAACUGCAAUGCCAGCGGACGUCAAGAGCCCCUCAGGGGUAGCCUGUGUCCUUGGCGUACACUGGACUGGAAGUCACAACUUCUUCCUCUAUUCACUUAACCGAACUCUGAAGGAUAAAGUUGACCCCGAGGGCGUGUGGCCCUGUGCUGCACCCAUCGCAGUCUCUCAGCUCGGCUGCUCAUCCUCCUUCCUGGUGCUGGCCUGCGAGGAUGGUGUGCUCACGCUGUGGGACCUGGCCGGAGGAUUCCCUCUCGGGGUCGUCGCUCUUCCUGAGGGGUGUUUCUGCCAAAGCGUUCACUUCCUAAGAUACUUCUUAGUGCAUGAAGGACGGAAUGUGUACCCCGAGGGUCCAGUGAAAUCCCAAAUGAAAUGUGUGGUGCUGUGCACAGAUGCUUCUCUCCACCUGGUGGCUGCCCAGGGCACUCAGGGACCCACCAGCAGUGUGCUUGUUGAGAGGCCUGCAAAGCACCUGGAUGAAGCCAUCUGUGCCGUGGCCCCCGUCCCAGCCUUACCUGGGAUGGUGCUGAUCUUUUCCAGGAAUGGCUGUGUGCACCUCAUGGAUGUGGCCAAGCCUCACAUCAUCUGUGCCUUUGCUCCCCCAAGAUCCUACCGUCUGGUGGUCCCGUGGACGCCAGUGUUUGUUGUGUCUUCACACCGCCCAUGUUUCCUGCUCCGAGGAGACCAUCCAGAUGAAAUUGAAUCCACCGAAGACGACAAGAACAUCCAAAAUUCUGUUUUCUAUUUUAAUUUUGAGGCCUACCCACUCCUGGAAAACAUCUCAGGAAAUUGCACCGUUCCUCAACCUGACUUCACAGAUAACGUGGCCUUCUCCCAGGGGUUGCCCUUGGAGAAAAGAUGCGAUGUAGUUUCAGUGAAAAAAGCAGGGUGCACAACAGUGCGUUGCACGCUUUCAUUUAAGUAUAAAAAAAAGAUAAUCUAUGCUUGUACGUGUGUGAACAAUUUUCAAGGACUCGCAAGGAGCUGUUGAUUACAGUUGCUUUGGGAUCAGAAAAUAAGGAUCUGAGGUGAGGGG